GGGAGCAAAGCAAGCUGUACAAGAGCAAAGUCUGUCGAUGUAUUUGCUGUGUUUCUCUGACAGUCUGACAUUUCUGCCUCUCCCCACAGAACAGCCUGCGUGCGGGAGGAGUCACUGGAGACUAUUCUGGAGCCCAUCUGAUCGCUGCUGCCCCAGGGCCCCAGCCAGCCAGCCACCAUGUACUGCCUUCAGUGGCUGCUCCCUGUCCUGCUCAUACCCAAGCCCCUCAACCCAGCAUUGUGGUUCAGUCACUCAAUGUUCAUGGGCUUCUACCUGCUGAGCUUCCUCCUGGAACGGAAACCUUGCACGAUUUGUGCCUUGGUCUUCCUGGCAGCUCUAUGCCUCAUCUGCUACAGCUGCUGGGGGAACUGCUUCUUGUAUCACUGCACAGGAUCCCAGCUGCCAGAAUCAGCUCACGAUCCCAGCAUAGUGGGCACCUAAAAGACAAUAACCUUCCGGUCUGCUGAGGGCUCGUUUUGCUUUUGGAAAGGGGGUGGGCUAGGGAGGAGGGAGGGGUGGUGGGCAUGCGACUGGAGUAAAACCAGCCUGUUUCCUGUAGCUCUGUGUGGACUAGAGUGGUAAAUUCCUCCCACUCUGCCUGUGAAAUUCAACUUGUUUACUGUGUGAACUCUGGCAGCACCACCUGCUUUUUUAGAAGCAGAAUUGUUUUUUCCUUCCCGUAUCACCGGGAACGGACAGCAGCCCUCCUAACCGAGCUGGUGGAGGGCUGAGCUGCUGGCCUCUGCCCAGCUGUCUGUCGUGUGGCACUCCCCUGCCUGCUUUAGGCCACUCUGGUCUAACUCAGGGCUCUCAGCCCACCCAUUCUGCCCAAGUAGCUACAAGAUUCUCUCCACCUUUCUCUUUGCGGGGAGCCAGCCUUCUUGCCUUGCUGAUCAAGGGCAAGCUCGACAGCUCACAGAUGCACUUGGCCAAAAGCUGCUGGAGCCAGAGGCAGUUGAGUCAUCUCCUCCUGCUCAGCCUGCCAAAGAGAUGUGUGCACUGUCGAAGUGCUUUCUGAACUACUUCUGCUCUGAGAUCAUAGCCUGAAAGCCUCAGUUAUGCUGCUGCUUUUAUAAAGCCUCACAGGUAGUGGAGACUUGUCUCUUCCCCUCCUAGAUUUCCAGGGUUUAUCAAGGUGUUGACUGUUGGGAUAAAAGAGCAGGUAUGCUGCAAGGUGUGGGGUCCUGAAAACCACUGUGAACCUCACUUAGAAAACUCACACUAGUCCAAAAGGCCAGGGGUGGACAGGGCAGGAGAGGAUCCCAAGGUGAGGUGAAGGUGUGGCUUGAAGCAGUAAAUGCUUCACUCAUUUUUCAUGAGAGUGGUUUUGGGCCAGGGAUUACAGAAGGUGCUGGUGCUACUGAAUGGAGGAGGGAGGAAGCUGAAGGUGUCUCCAUCUCCCCUGGCAUGAGGAUUCAAAGAGCCAAGGUGGUGGGGCAGUCCUACAGCCGCAGCAGUGCAGAGCUCCAGGCUGCAGACACUACUCUGCAGAGAUUGGUUUGUGAGGAACCUUAGAGGUUAACAAAAAUACUCUGAACUUCCAAGGGUUCCCUUCCCUUUCCCGUCAGUUUGUCUUCACUUCAGUCUGGUGGUGGAGAGCAGCAGAAGUGGCUGCUGCUGUCCCAAGGAAGUUCAAGCAAUGAGGUUGUGAAACUUGCAGAGUAUUGUUUGUUCAUUGCACAGCUGUUCAAAACGUUUAAUAAAGCUUUAUAAACUUUGGCCUGUGGCCUCCUGCCCAGCGUGA